AUGUCGACGUUGGACAUCAAGCUAUCCCGCGUUGACCGCGUCUUCCGGCCCCAUGAAAUCGUACAAGGGCAUGUAAUCGUGCAUGCAACGAACGCGUUCAGCCACUCGGGAAUCAGCAUGAGGGUGGAAGGAAGCGCGAAGCUCCAAUUGAGCGCGAAGAGCGUCGGUCUCUUUGACGCGUUUUACAACACCGUGUCCCCUCUGGAACUCGUGUACUUUCACAUCCCGGUUGUUGGCCCCGGCAAGGUACCGGUGGGCAUUUCCAAGUUUCCGUUUGAAUUCGAACUCCAUGCCGUGGACGCAAAGCAAGGGCUUGUCGAGACGUACCAUGGCGUCUACGUGAGUGUCAAGUACGAGAUCAUUUGCGACUGCGCACGUGGGAUAAUGAAGAAAACCCUCCAUCGUACCCUGGAGUUUAUCGUGGAAGUGCCGCUGCAAAACGCGCUCCCGGACGCGCCUGAAUCAUUCAGCAUCACCCCUGACAAGCUGGAAAAUGUUCGCUUGACGACACCUCGGGGCAACAUCCCAUCAUUCCGCAUCAAGGGAAAUAUCCACAGGACAAAUUGCCCUGUCAACCUCCCAUUCACCGGCGAGAUCGUCGUGGAAUCUGCGUCAGCCCCGCUGAAGAGCAUCGAAUUGCAGCUCAUCCGAGUUGAAAGCGUCACGCAUGCGGAAGGCAUUGCGCGUGAUGCCACGGAGAUCCAAAACGUUCAAGUCGGAUGGGGCGACGUUGCUCGCCAGGUGUCCAUUCCUCUCUACAUGAUCUUUCCCCGCCUCUUUACAUGUCCUUCCAUGCUCACACCAGCCUUCAAGGUCCAGUUUGAAGUGAACGUCGUCGUCCUCUUUGACGACGGGUACAUGCUUACCGAGAACUUCCCCAUUCACUUGUACCGGUGA